UCUCAGCCCUGUCACCCAUUCCCUCUAUGCUCUCUCACCUCUCCAACAAACUCUUGCUCUCUUUCUUGUUCUAUCUGUCUCAUUGCUCUCUUCCACAUCCCCCAACUCCCUGCUGUUUCUCUCCCCUCUCUUCUCCAUUGUGUUUCUCUCUAUUCCACCUUACUCUUUUUUUUCUCUGUCUCUGUCUCUUUCUUUCCUCCCCCAUCCAUCUCUUUCUCUCCCCAUCUCUCAAACUCCGCUGUCUCUCUCUCCUCCUGCUAUCUGAAUCAUUGUCUCUAAACACACAGGCUCUCUCGCCCUCCUCUGCUCUCUUUGUCUCUUGAUGCCUCCCUCCCACACCUUUCUAUCCACGCUCCCCCCGCAAUCUCUCUCGCCCUCUGUAUCCCCCUUGACAUACAUCUCCAAACUUCCCCUCUAUAUCCGUUCUCUUUCUUUUCAGUAUAACUCAACCCCUCUGUCUCCCAGCCUCUCCUCUGUCUGUCUCACUGCCUUUGUUGAGCGCACUGUGUUCCUCACUGUCACAUGUUCCAACCCUCUCAUGCUCUCUGUAUCCCUCUCUCUCUGUUUAUCUGUCUCUCAUUCACCUUUUCUCUCUCCAACGCACUUCUCCACAUCUGCUGCCAUCAUCUUGAAUCUGAUCCCAAAAGGGAUGAAAUAGUCUCCUCCGCGUUUUCAUAUUUCUCUGUCAGUUUCUCUGUCAAUUUCUCUGUUUAUUCAGCAGGGUAAGGGUCACUGUGUAACCGUACAGGGUCGGCGUUUAUUCAGCAGGCAUGAGUUCGGGGUUCUGGAUGUGACAGGAAAUUUGGAGCGAAUUGCAUGAUGGCUGAUGCCCAGGUCUCCGCCAUGGCGUCCCCUUCCUUAUCUGAGCAGCUGACAGACCGACGACCUCUUGCUCCGCUCCUGGACUCGGGGAAUAAAUCCCCCUCAGGUCCUGGUGCCGCCAAACCACCUGUAAAACCGAAGCCCACUGUGCCCCCCAAACCAAUGUCCACGAAGCCACCCCUUGCCGAAUUGCCAUCUGUGCGCAAGGUGAACUCACUGGCCGGGCCCAGGCCAUAUGGGUUCUCCGGGGCCCGGCCCCACCAGCCCGUCCGCCGGCCCUCGUCGUCCUCCUCCCCUAUCUCCCCCUGCCCCUCGCCCACCUCGCCUCAGCCCCCUGGGGCGCCUCCCUUACUGGAGCUGCUGGCCGAGGCCAUGAGAACGCCCCCACCAGCCGUGUCCCGGGAGGCGCGUGCGCCGCCCACAGUAGCCGGCCAGUCGGCACCGCCCGCCCCGGCUGAGCGGCUGGCAGCCAAGCCGGUGUUCCGGGUGAGGCCUGUGUCGGUGCGCGGGCAGGGCAAGCGCUUUCCUGGCACCACCGUGGAGGAGAUCCUGGCCAAGAUGGAGGAGCCGCGGCAGGACAGCGAGGUUCCUGGGAUUGGCAUCCGGAAGAGGAGCCGCGAUUUGUCCGAGAGUGAGGUGUCCCCGAGGUUUGGUUCCACCUCCUUCGCCUUCUUCAACCGGGAGCAGGCUGGAGCUGUCUUCCCACCCCCAACUGGCCGAGAUGGCAAAGAGAACCGGCCUUCGACUAUGGGAACCGUCGCCCCAGCAAUCGGCAGCUCGGAGACAGGCCUCCAGGAGGACAGAGCAGGCUCCGGCUCGGAGACAAGCCCCGGCUCAGAGCGAGGAGGGGAGGGCGGAGCAGGCCCUGGCUCGGAGACGGUGACCGGUCUGACUGACCAUCAACAGGACACCGGGGAAUCACUGCAAACACCAACAGCCACUGGUACCUGCCCCUCCGACAUUGAUGGGGAACAGCUUGUAAUGGAGGCCCUGGCCCAGGUGAGUAGUCAGAGUGCUGGAGGGAAGAGGCUGUGGCAAUCAUCGAGGGACUGUGGGAGAGAGUGUGCAGAGGACGAAGGGGCAAAGUGUUGA